AUGGCGCUUGCAACGAGUUCGAGCACUUCAAAGAACAUGAUACCCAAGUACUUUGAAGAGUAUGGGCUUAGAAUACCGCUCGUCAAACGCGGACAGAGGGUCCCACACGCUCGACUGGCUAGCGAGCUUGCCAUGGGUAGCAAGGAGAAGCUGUCAGCAAUUGUGCAAAACUUCUUGCAAGCUGUCAGCAAAGCGACGAAGCUGAUCAAGACACUCCAUUCGAAAAGCGCCAUUGCAGAAUGGAUCGAAAGCGCAGAGACGCUCGCGCUGGGCCCACAUCCGGAGAGCAAACUGUUCUGUGCGUCAAAUGCGCAUCUCUACGGGACCAGCACUAACGAAGAUUCAGCAACGAAGAAGGAAGACCUCGUAAAGGCACUUGGGCUCAAAACAACAGCUUCAAAAGUGAAAGCUACGAGAGCGAAGAAAGAUAUAUCGCCCAAAAAGCGACCUGAUCAAAAACAAGCAACUUCACCUACUAAUAACCAGGCGGUUGCGCAGUCGGUUGUGUCUUCUCCAUCAAGAGCCGAGCGCCAGUCCGCGGCUGUUCAAAGAAAAACGUCAUCAUCGUCACAAUCAGAACCACAACAGAUGUUGAGCUUGACUACAGACCUAACGCUUGAGCUGCCUCGAACAGCCGUUGAGCCUGCGAAUAUCACUCAUGAUGCGAACAAGCGCAAAUGCGACAACUCAGCGGAGACGUCACCUGUCGAGCAAACGAGGAAGAAGAAAACAAAGACCUACCAAGCAGUCUCUCCGCCGACGAUUUUACUGCCUCCAAUGGGUGACACUGUUGACUCACGAGCCCCAGUAUUAGCACAGCAGAUAUCUCCUUCGAUUUCCAGCUCAAAGCGAGCGAGCCACGGUCAGGAUGACCCUCCAAAUUCAACAUGUCACACACAAGUCGAUGAGCAAGCAAGUCGUGACACGUCCCUGCUUGGUAUCGACCUCAAUCUGAAGAACGAAUACAUAUCGGUGGUUAUUCCUUUGUCAGCCCAAAACAUUGUCGUAACGCACGCUUCUCUAAUGACUUAUGCCCCAGAAAUAGAUUGGAAGAAGCAGAGAACCGGAAGAUAUGAAACCUUAGAUGGAGGCAGAACAUACAACAAGAAGCAGAGUAAAAUUGCAUACUGCAUCUUCAUCCCGCAUGACUACGAUGGCGACGCAUGCCAACUGCGUGAAGCGGAUAAAUUGCCCUUCCUCAAACCAGGCCGUCACGGUCGACACGGAGAUUUUAUUGGCGAUCCAGAUUUACUCACAGGACAAGGGCAUCAAGUCGAACCAGCAGACUCGAAAAGGAGGCGCGCUUAUGAGGUAGAGUACCGUGCAUUUUACACGACCACGCCAAGCUAUCCGUACGCAGACGAGAUGAGGGAGUCCCUACUCACGAAUCAUGUUGAGAGGAGGACACAGUUAGUCAGAGAGGAGAGGUGGAUGAAGGAGUACAGGGACAAGUACCAAGGGGAGAAUGUCAACCAUUUGUGGCCAUGCGGGUGUGAGAGGCUUCUAGAAGGUGACGAGAGUGAAGAAGAAUAG